GUAUUGAUUCAUUACGGAGGUGUUUUCAAUUAUUACAUGCAUAAUGUACUGAGAUAGUUCUAUAAGAAUCACAGUAGUAAUCAACGAGCCUGACUUUGGAUUCAAGGAGUCCAGAUAUUUCUACACGUUUGACUCAAGCGCGUACCUUGAAGCGGGUGCUUCUGUCAAGCAUUCUGAUUGUGCAGUUUUGAAGUGUGUAAUCACGGCCGUGAGAUAAUGAUAUCGGAGGAGUUAUUGGAUGUUUAGCACAUUGCUUGGAUUACACGGAAGCGUUGGAAAAAAUACGUUGGCUUAGUGACGGCGGUGGAUUGGCGCGUGUGUCACGUUGAGCGGCGAAUGUCAGCAGGGUAAUUUUACAUGUGGCUGCAGUCCUUGUCUUCCAAGAAUGUGCUAGGCCUACGCAAAUCCUGUCAUCAUGAAUAAUGAUAUGGACAGACACAUUCAACAAACUAUAGACAGAUUGCAGUGUAUAAAGCAGGGCCUCUCUUCACCCAGUGGCUUCCAGAAUGCGGCAAGGGAGCUAUUAGAGUGGUGCUCCGAUGCGAGGGCAUUUCAACGACCGUUUGAACAGGGACUGAUCGGCUGCCUUACAGUGGUAAGCAGAGUGUCUGCUCAGCCGGGCUAUGACCUUGACCUUGGGUACAGACUGCUGGCAGUAUGUGCAGCGCACAGGGACAAGUUUUCACCCAAGUCAGCAGCUAUGCUGUCACUUUGGUGUGAGGACCUUGGUAGGCUACUCCUGUUAAGACACCAGAAGAAUCGCAACUCAUCCGAGAACCCCAAGGCUGGCAAUAUGCAGAUGAACCCUCAGCUUAACCCACAGAUGCAAAAGAGCAUGACACCAAUUCCUCAAGGAGAUGGUAACAUGGGUUGGCCACCACAAGGUAACCAACAGCAACCACAAUCCCUCUCAGUCGUGACGACAGUAUGGGGAGGCAUCACAUCCCCAAACACCCAAUCCGGGCCGCCGUUUAACAACCACGUAGCAGGGCCUAACUAUUCAUGUGCGAACACAACCAUGUCCACUGCCAACUCGUACUCAACACCAAUGCAGGCAAUGCCUGGACAGAUGGGGCCCCAGAAACAACCGUACGGUAGCCCUGGACCACAGAACAUGCCGUAUAACCGUCAAAAUUCGAUGCCAUAUAACCGAGGCGGUGGCAGCUAUCCACCGACGCCUAACACGCCAGGCAGCACGCCUAUGGGCAAUGGAGCAGCAACAGACUUCCAGCCCCCUCCGGCGGCGCUUUCAGCUGCAGCUCUGGUUGCAGCUGCCGCGACUGCCACAGCAACCGCAACUGCCACGGCAAGUAUGGCUGUCCUUCAAGAACAACAGAACCAGCAGCAGCACCACCCCCAUCAGCAGCAGAUGAACAUGAAUAUGAACAUGUCCGUCAAUAAUCAGUAUGGCCCGCCGCCAAACCAGGCGUCUUUUUUCCAGAUGCAAGGUCAAGGUCAGCCAGGGCAACAGUAUGGUCCACAGAGACCGCCGGGACCUAUGAAUAUGGGUCAGGGGCCAGGCCCAGGCCCAGGCCCAAUGCCGAUGAAGGGUUCUAUGGGGAAUAUGUAUGGACCAAGGGGGCGGCCAUCACCCUACCCUUCCAACCCACAGCAGUACCUUCAAAACAAAAGGCAGCCGUUUCCUAAUGGACAACAAGUAAGACCAAACUUUGCUAACCAGUUUGAUGCCCAGUAUGGGCCGAAACCCAACUACCCUCCAACCCACCAGCCCUUGCCAUCACCAACCUACGGACCAGGACAUGGUCCUCAGCAACCACCGGGUCGACCAGUUGGUCCCCCGGGUGCUGGCUAUGGCAAUGCUUACAUGAACCAAGGAUUCCCACGACAGCAGGGCCCUGGGCCAGUACCAGUACCAGGACCAGGACCUGGACCUGGACCGUAUAACCCAAACUUCCCCCCUCAGAACAAUAUGGGUCCUAUGGGCCCAGGCACUAUGCCUGUCAACCAGAUGAACAGCAUGAAUAGUAUGAAUAACAUAAAUUAUAACCAUUUAUCGCCGAUCCCUGGCAAUCCGACGCCACCCAUCACACCAAGUAGCGGCAUGCCACCAUACAUGUCACCGGGAGGUGAUGUCAAGCCUAACUUCCAGGACAUCAAGCCAAAUAUGCCACAAAUCAAAAAAGAACAAGAUGAACUACGGUUAACAUUUCCCGUCCGAGAUGGUGUUGUCUUGCCUCCAUUCCGGUUAGAACACAACCUAGCAGUCAGCAACCAUGUCUUCCACCUCAGAGAUUCUGUGUAUCAAACACUUAUGUGGAGGUCUGAUCUCGAGUUACAGUUGAAGUGUUUCCAUCAUGAAGAUCGUCAAAUGAACACAAAUUGGCCAGCAUCUGUGACGGUUAGCGUGAAUGCAACACCGUUAAACAUCGAACGAGGGGAAAACAAAACGUCACACAAGCCGCUGUAUUUAAAAGAUGUCUGCCAACCGGGUCGCAACACAAUACAAAUCACGGUCACCGCCUGUUGUUGUUCUCAUUUAUUCGUGUUACAACUUGUCCAUCGGCCGAGCGUGCGGUCUGUCUUACAAGGGCUGCUGCGGAAGCGAUUGCUUCCUGCUGAGCAUUGUAUCACAAAAAUCAAACGAAACUUCUCUAGUGGGGCAGCAAAUAGCGGGUCGAUGAAUGGAAGCGACGACGGUGUUGAGCAGACGGCUAUCAAAGUAUCUUUAAAAUGUCCGAUAACAUUUCGGCGGAUAACGUUACCAGCGCGGGGCCAUGACUGUAAACACAUACAGUGUUUUGAUCUUGAGUCAUAUCUCCAGUUGAAUUGUGAAAGGGGAUCAUGGCGAUGUCCAGUUUGCAACAAAACUGCUUUGUUAGAAGGGCUUGAGAUUGACCAAUAUAUCUGGGGAAUUUUGACCAAUUUAGCCAAUACAGAAUUUGAGGAGGUGACAAUCGACCAAACGGCCAGUUGGAAACCUGUUCCAAUAAAAACAACUGUCAAAGAGGAGGAAACCGAACCUUCUGGUUGCAAUGGCGGUCGGUGGAUGAAGGCCAUGUCUCCGUCUAGUAUGCAAAUGCCAACCAUGCACUCGUGGGACAUGGGACCCCAAGCUUCACCGUACCCAAUGCCACUGCCCACAUCUCAAGGUAUGUCCGAUAAAAAACAAAUGAUGCAACAACGUCCAAACAAACAGGGAAAUCAAGCAAUGCGCCAUACAGCGCCACCUAAUGGUCCGAUUCCACAACGUAAAGGUGCUUCGAUGGGCCCCGGAGGUCCAGGGACUCCCACAAAUCCUUACAACAAUGGAAAUCCGUAUAGUGGGAAUAGUGGGCCUGGGUCUGCAGGUUACCCAGGCCAACAAGAAUUCAACGGACCUCCAUUAUCACACAUGUCAGACAAUAUGCCAAACAGUAAUGAAGGAAUGUUGGAUAAUUUUAAUCGGACAGAUCACUUCCAUCAUUCGCCGGCAACGAGUACGGGUGGCCUACAGGGUGGCCCGUUACGGCAUCAUGACCAAUCGGGCAUGAACAGUCAACCUCACACACCCAAUACGAACUAUAACACGCAAAACGGGAACGUGCAACCUUUGCGACAUAACACGCCAAAUUCAUUGUCAGAUACAAACAGUGUAGGGAAUGCAAAUACGCCAACGUCAGCUGGGGAGCACACGAAUAAUCAGAACCAGGACAAUAAUUUAUUACCAUUCGACCCGGCAGCCAUAAUCGACGGGGAUAGUCAAGGGCAGGAGAGCCUUGAUGUAAGUAUGUUAUUACCGGAAAAUAUCGGUGAUCCGAUGGAACUCUUGUCAUAUCUUGGACCACCCGACGGCACAGGAAAUUCAGGCAGUAACGGGAACACGGGAGGCAAUAAUAAUGCAGAUGACUUAUUAUCGUUAUUUGAUUCCUGAAGGAAAGACAAUGCAAUUCUUCUGGACAAUGAAUCUGUGCAAUCUUCAGAGUUUCAAUGACGAAUUGUUCUGCGUGUGGUCGACGCUGGACCGCAGGUUGUGUCCAGUAACGUCUGAUAUAGUGUCGUGCCAUGCCGCAGCGCGUCUGUGAUGCCUCGGUCAUCGUCUGAGUGUCGCACUUUUUAAGUGUUCACAUGAUGAACCCUACGGGCAGGAAUUUAUACCUCUGUGUCGAUCACAAAGUUUGAUUGUGUCAUGCUACGGUUCUGUGAGAGAACGUCUCGUUUAUUUCUGUGCAGGAAUCUGUUAGUUCUUCGUGCAGGAAUUCACAUCACUGGUUACGCUGUCCCGGUGUGGUCAGGAUGCACCAAAAAAGACAAGCUUCGUACUUGGACACUUGUGUCACAUACAAGCAACAUAUCGUUGAAAAUAAAGUGUGUCUGCUAAAACCCGGGAACCGACUUACAUCUUGUGACUUAUAUGUUCAUUACCGUCAAAAACCUCAUUGCAGUUCAUCUGAAUACCAUGUGACAUUUCAUCGGUCGUAUUUUUUUGUAAAAAAAUCUUAAAAACAAAUGUGGUGUCAUUUUGGAUCAAGCAGCAGUACAUAUUUUAAAGUCUGAUUUUAUCUCCUAUAUAGUCGUCAGUAAACCUCAUCUUUUGAGGAAAUGUUUUUUUAUUUAUUGUCUAAAUUAUAUACCAUAUGAGAGUGCAUCAUGUGUACAGGUACUGUUGAAUGUGUACUGUUUGAGGAUAACAUAAGCUGGGCGAAAUAAUAGGCAAAUGACAGGGUGUAGUAAAAAAAAUUGACAUUUUCUUGGAAAAUGACACUUUUCUUGUACACCCUGUAAAAUGUAUCUGCUAUUUAUUGCAUUAUGUAUUAUAAACCACGUGUACCAUGUAUUCUUACAUUGUGUAAUAGUUGGUGAACCAUUUUAUGUGCUGUGUGUGUCCUCAAGAUCUGUUAGAUUCAAUAGUAAUGAUCAUACUCCGUGCAAAUGCCUAUUUUUAGAAAGAAAUUUUGUAUAUAAUCAUGUAAAUAGAUUGUAUCACCGAAUGGUGAUCAUUAGGAGCUCUACUACUUGAAAUGGUCACAGUUUGUUUUAGUGGAAGAAUUUGUUGCUUUAUCCCAAUGGAAAACCUUGGAUUGUCGUUUUGGAGCAGAUUUAAGGAUCUCCUUAGAGAUAACUAUUGAAAAGUAAACAACUGGACAUGCAGAAUAACCAGAUUAUGAUAGUGCCUCGCCUGCACUAUCCUAUACUCUUCCAUGGCAAAAAACAAAUGGAAUUAAACGUCUGCAAUGUUAACGUCUGCUCGAUGGUCAUGAACCUUAUUUGUAUUCACAUGCCUUUGCAUUUUAAUUUCUGUCAACGAACUAAUUAUGAAUCCUUCCCCUUUAGAGUAUCAUAUCAGAUGAAGUGUUCCUGGUCCAAAAGACCGAAAAUGAACUUUUUAGUAAAUUUAACUUGUCAGAAACAUCACACACCGAAUCAAAAUUUGACACACAUUUUCUUGAAUUUUAAUACAUGCCAUCAACAGGAUACAUCUUUUUCUUUACAUAAGGUCAACUGCUCUAGACUUGUAUAUCAUUUGUUUUCAAAAGCACAAGUGUCGGGGGGGGGGGGAUCUAUUUCCAUUCUUACAGUUAAUAAAACAUAAAACCGUUAUACUUCUCGUAUCAUGAGCAAAAGAUGGUGCAUCGUCAUUUGACGUCAUGCAUACAGAUCUAUAAUGGUAUAAUGUCAUUAUUAGGUAAGUGAAAAUGUCGUCAUAUCGCUCCAGUUUUACAUGAAGCAAACAUAGUACCAUAUGAACCAGGAAACACAGAUCUUCCUUAGAAAAUGGUCAACGAUUUGGUCAACAAAGCCAACCGGUCAUAAUCUGCUACAACUCAGAAUUUCAAUUACUGUUAUGCUCCUGGAGAUCUUCCCACAGCCUGCUCCUCCGUAGCAGGCUGCACUGUUAGAGGUCAACAUCAUCUUCCUCUGAUCAGCCAGUCCUUGUUGUUGAAGAACUUUUUAAUAGCCAGUUGCUUGCCUUCCUCUUAAUGUGCAAUUUCAUCACAAUUUGAAGAGUCGUUUGUCGCACCUUAGGUCCUUAUUUGAGAAUUUUCCAAGAUAUUUUAUUAUGAAUUUUGUAUGAUUUCUCCUGAUUUCAUGCCAUUUGCCCAACAUAUCAGUCGCAAACUAGUUAGUUUUAAACUAGUCCACCUGCCCACUAACAUACAAAAUGACUGGGUAGCAUUGAAUAACCUCAUCGAGUCCCAAGAAAUCAAAUCAACCAAAGUUUUAGGAGAGGGACAUAUUUCUUAUGCAUCGAGGGGCCGAAACAUGAAGAGGCAAUAUUUCUACCUUUUGUUUCACUGCCUUCAUCAAAACAGGAUUAUUGGUCACCAACGGAAACUAAUUGGUAUCUUCAGUUUUUUACCGAAAGUUUUAAAACCGGGAGGAAAUAUGCGAUUUUUAUUGAAGGAGCUUGUUUUAUCUUUAUUCACCCAUGUAAGUCUUCAUGCAACUUCUGACAGUUGGUUCUGGCUUAUUGCCUGCUUGUUUUAUGUUUUGUGGUAUUACUUAUUCUCUGGUGUACUAUGGAUUCAUACUUUACAGUGACAACAACGUUUAAUAAAUUUGGCCACUCCUUGGCUAUUUUCCUGCUUUUCCCAUAGUUGCAUCAAAUAAUUAAGCAAGGCAAUAUACGAAGGAAAAGUUUUGCCUAAGAACCGUACUAAAUGCUUCUUCAUGAUACAAAAGUUAUCAUAAAAAUAGACUUUUUCUUGCGAUGAACAGGCAUACUUGCUUUCCCGCAAACAUUGUUCCCAAUCAAGUGUAUGUCUGUAUUACCACCAUUCUUCACGAACCACCACACCAUAUCAAUGUUCAACUCGAAAAAUAACCAAGAAGUUGUUUGUGCAAAUACUGUUUUAUUUGAUAUUUUUUGUCAACAUCAUUAAAAUUGCACCGCUAUGGUAGCUAUUCCAAUUAUUCUGAGUCGUCUUUGCCCUGAUGCUGGCCUGUCAAUUACAUCAAAUACACACCGCUGUGUGCCCGAAUUAAAGGGGUUAAAAUCACCCAAAACAUUAUUGACCCUCUAAGAAUAUUUUUCUGGAGGUUAAACGGUUAAAUCUGCUCCUUAACCUCGCUAUAUGUCAUCACAAAUCAAGCUAGUCUCUUGAUUAUGCUGAAAGAAAAAACUAUUUCGGUGUGAGUGACCAAUCGAUGAAAUCACAGUGACAUUAGACCAAAUUAACGAAAAGCAGGUUGUGUCCCAAAUAAUGUAACUGAGAGGCCUCUGAUGUUAUUUAGGUGAGAUAACUAUGUCAUCAAGGUAAUUGCUAACAUAUCAAAGAAAUCUGAUCUAUCAGCAAAAGCUCUCACCCAUAUCAUAAAAGGAGGCCACAUAAAUUUAAAUGCCGUCUUUUUUGGAAAUCGCGUUAUAGGUAGCAUAUUUUGUGGAAAGAAAACCAAAUACCCCAUCUGUUGAUUGAGAUUAUUAUCAUGUAUCAUGAUUCUUUUAGUCGACUCUCUUAAAAUUUUAUAAUUAUUUGGUUAACUCUUCAAAAACCUUUUCACAUUUAGUUCGACUUAUUUGGUAAUUGGAAGUAGUUUACUGUAUUUUGUAGCUCCUCAGACAUUGGAAUACAAAGUCAUAGAACCAGUCCCCCAAAGGGUCUUGAAAGUGUAAUAUAAUUAUGAAUAUAUAUUAUAUAAAUAUAUAAAUAUAUAUUAUGUAUGCAUUUUUAGUAUAUUUGUAUAGUUUUUGUGUUGUCUAUUUGUGUAAAAUAGUAUCGAAAGUAAUCUAUUUUAGCGAUCAUCUGGACAUUGAGUAUUAUGUAAAACUGGUAGAAACUGAAGUGUAUUCGGAUAAACUGUCAGUAAUUUCCACAGGAAAAGCCUUUUACUGUUCUGACAGUCUUUGAUGUAAGUUGGAAACUUCACUCUUUUUUUGUACCCUCUGUAUUCAUGAUUGAUUUGACAUUUUCACCAAUUUACAGAACAUCGGUGUUGUUACAUGCGCAUUGAUGUAGAUGAAACAACAUGUCAACAUGAUGUUAUAAGCUAACAUGACUUCUAACAACCGCACCCUGAUGUUUGUUCUGAAAACCGCACUUUAGAAUUUUACUCUUUUAGUUUGAUGAAGUUCUGAGUAAUGAAAAUGACCUUGAUCAUUUCAUUCAAUAUUCUCUAAUGAAGUUUUCCUGGUUUACAGUAUACAAGCAAUGUACUUGUUAAGGAUUUGAGGAAUACCCGGUUUUAUUUGGGUAAACUGUUGUCUCAUAAUCAUCUUGUAAUUGUGUAGGAUAUAGAUUUCACUUCGUGUCAACUUGACAGUGCUUAUUUGUACAUUUUGUAUGAAGAUGGCUAAUUUUCAUGACAUCGAGGUGUUUUGAUAAUAGACUAAACAGAUUGCAUCAAUUCCAUCAUAAUAGUUGUGCAAACUGGUUAGGUGCACCUCAUUUUUGUCAGAGCAAAGUGUACCAAAAGUUAUAUCAAUUGAGGCGAGGUGAAUUGGAAUUGUUAACUUUUGCAAAACGGAUUAUCUGAGCACUUUUCAAUAACGGAUUGAAAGCAAAGUUUCAAUUUUCUGAAGCAAUAUUUGUAAAUUUUUAAUAUUUUUGACAACUUGUGCUCAGAUCCUCCGUCCUUUCUUCAACCUCACACCCCCAUAUGUCGAUGUAGACUCAUCUAUUCUUUUGUUUAUUAAACGAUUCCCGCUAUUUGGAGGGAUGGCCGGUUGUGUCACAAAAACUUUUCGGACAAACUUUUCUUAGCAAUUUUGUAAGAACUAAAUAAUGAGUUUGGAGCCUGAUUCUGAUGUGCUUCAAUGCGUUUUGUGAAAGAAAAUUGUAUGACUGGACAUGAAUUCAUGAGUUCUUGAAUGUUAAGUGGACUACCAUGUGGUCAUUACUUCAAGUUACGACUGUUUUGACGACAAAAAAUACUUCAUUAUUAUCUGCAGCAAGUGGUGAUUGUCUAGGCAUGCACGUGGUGCAUGGAGAUUGAAAAUUACUAAUUCGUUAACUACUUAAAAGUGGUACCCUGUACUUCAUAUCAACUGCCUUUGCAAAAAUUUAAAUUUUUAAGAUUUGAUUGUAACAAUUAUACACAUUUUCCUUGGUGAAAGUAAAACUUGAAUGAUGUGAACCGGGUCCCAUGCUGGUGUCAGCUGAGGGACAGGCCUUUGGGCCUCCUGUCAAAAUGAAACAUCACCACUUGCAGUAGCUUCUUCUUAGGUUUCUGUUGGACCUUCAUGGUAGCAAUAGGAGAUGGUGUCCAUCUCUCUCACUCCAUGAAAAAUAGCUCUCUGUUAGAAGAUUCCUGCUGUGUUUUGUUACAUUAACCCUCUGUCGCUGUACAUUUGCCUAUUUGUAAAUAUUAGUAUACAUGUAGGUCCAGUCCUAAGAACUUACCAGUGUAUUUCUGUCAAAACUCUACUUUGACAAGUUGGCUUUCUUUGAAAUAACCGCUCCUCUUUCUUUCCUUAAAAACGUCUGCUAUAUUAAAGUUAAACUGGUACCAAGUGGUAUUGUAAAUUCAAAAGUGCACAUUAAAUGUGUCAUUAUUGUGCCUGGGCAUAAAGUUAGACUUGAAUGAAUGCAGCAAUGCUUCGAAAAACAGUUUCAAAAAAAUAUUUUGCAAUGAAUUUAUGAGGCCUGAGAUGGGUGAUUUCAUAAUGUUACUUCAGCCUCCUAUGAGCUUAAAGCAUGAGCACUUCGAAAAUGGGACUGGUAGCAUACCACGUUCAACAGUGUAUCUUCCAUAAUGAAGUAACGGCCAUGUUUAUCUGAUAAAUUGCUGUUUUAGAUAUUGUGCUCUGAAAUUUCGAAUUAUCCUUCAUAAUCAGUUCUUCACAAUAUGAUCUACAAAUGAGCCAUGUAAAAUAUCUGUGCGAAAUUCACAAAUGUUAUAAUUGCUCUUUUAUGUCAGUGCUUCUCAUUGCGCUUGGAAAAUAUGCCCAUAAUAUUCACAAAUGUAAUCCGGAAAAAUGCCUCUGUGAAGUAAUUUUCAAAAUAUUUGAAUUAAGAUGCCAAUUUAUUUUCAUUUCUAGAGUUUGAAAUAAAAUAGUAGCAAUAUCUUUGUCAACAAAUGUGUGCCUUAUUGGUGAGUAAUUUGGAAAACUAAAUAUUCACUUAAAGUAAUGAUUUCAAAUCUUUGGCAUAUUAUCUUUUCGUUGGACGAUUUCGUUCCUAACUAAUUAUUUUCAAGCUUUUUAAAGCUGAUUUAACUAACAUUAACUAGAAGUGGUCUUCUAUUUUUAAGCUGCCUUAUCACACCAGAAGUUAAUAUUACCAGUUACGAAUGACAAACUGCCAGGUCACUUUUAUAUGACCACAUAACACAAAACCAUCCAAUGAGGAAAUCAUGUAAUAUUUUCCCUGACAAAAUGCGCAUAUAUCUUUUAGGGACCAUACCAACCCCUAAAUCUUCCUAAAAUAUUUGUUGAUGGGCUGUACUGUCAAGCAGCUUGUCUCGCCGUUAGAGUUAGACUUCAUCAUAACUAGAUCUGAAACUGCUGUACUUUGUCUACAGUGUCUUAUUGUCGAUUUCAGUUCUAGUUAGGAUGAAAUCAUCAUGACCCAAGAAAGCCAAAUUGCCAAGACUUCUAUCUUGGUUCUGUCGUUUCUUCGGGCCCCUAAAGGUGGCUCUGCCUGUCUCCUCUGCUUUUGUAGUCUUCCCCCUGUAAAUAUCUUCGACUUGUAUAGUUGAAUCCAACUUAACUUGGACCAAAAAAAGUGUACAUCAUGCAGUACAUCAUGUACACAAAUUGAGCCUAAGUUAACUUGAAUCAGACUGUACCUGUGCAAUCAGUUGACGGCAUGACAACCAAGUGAUUUUUGCACCAAAUUAUGUAAUUUAGUCUAUAUGUGAUCAAUAUUUAUCUAAUAAAAUAUUAUAUUAUUCGAGGAAAGAAUA